GCAACCACCACAUACACCUUACCUCACCUGAUCUCGAAGAAGAAAAGGAAGCAAAACAAAAUUGUGUCAUGUUUCCAGCAAAGUUUCUCGGUCAGAAGAAGGCGAGGUCACCGGCGGGUGCGCCCACAACCCCAAGAACACCAACACCGGCGACUACCUCAAGACCGUCAACAACAGUGGCUCCGCCGGUGGCCUCAACAACGUUACCAAGGGUGGCUACACCUGUGGCCUCAAGAUCUUCAGCAAGGGUGGCUUCCUCCACUGCAUCAAGAACGUCAGCAAUGGCAGCUCAGCCCGCGGGCUCAAGAAUAUCAGCAACGUCGGCUCAACCCGCUACCUCAAGAACGCCGGCAACGGCAAAUCCGCGUGCGAGCUCAAGAACUUCAACAACGGCGAAUCGGUAUGCGACCUCAACAACGACAACCUCAAAUCCGCAUGCGAUCUCAAGAACGUCAACAACGGCAAAUUCAUACACGAGCUCAAGAACGUCAACAGCAUCAGCGACGGUGGCUCCUCUUGUGACCUCGAGAAUGUCAACAAGAGCUGCUCCGUCUGGGACCUCACGAACGUCAACUAGAGCAACAGUGGCCUCAAACCAGCCAACGACGUUGCGUCCGGGUGCAUCGACCUCAAGAACGGCUAGGACGACGGCCCCGCCCUUGUCUGCGACGACAAGUCGUAGUCGUGCCGCUCCCACACGUCCAACCGCUUCUAGCACACGCCGAUGAUCUCCAUCCAUCUACGGCGUCCAUCUUCGAUGAAGUUAAGUGUGUUGAGACGAGUUCAGUUAUAUUACAGUAAGUUAAUACAUUUAUAAACUCGAUUGGUUCGAGCCCGUGACAUGUAAGCCAGUGUGUUCCAAUUGAUGAAUAGAUGGUCUAUGGACUUGGAUGGAAUUUA